AUGGAUGACCACUACCCUUACCAUGACUUCCAACAACACUAUCAUGUGCAAGACCAUGUGCCAAUUGCGCAGGAUAUCCCAUACUACGCUCACUCCGAUGCCCAUAUGUUGGCGACCUCCAUGUCGGACGCGAUGAAUGGUGGUAUUCCCAUGGCCUCGAACGCUGCGAUCAAGGGCCACCAUUUCCCGCCCUUCGAACCACUGCAAUACACUCCUUCGCAUCAAAAUUCAGCCAUUGCAUAUUGGGGUCCGCCGUCCCCGUUUGACGAAAGUUUGCGUAGUUUGUCGCCGCAGACGGACUGCCAGAGCAGCGGCCGCGCACCUACUCUCAUCUACGACGACGCCAUGUCAAGCAGAUCUGGCUUCGAAAGCUCGCCCUCCCCUUCAUACCCCGAACCCAUCACGAUAACUUCCUACAAACAAGAAUCAAUGAGCCCUCUCAUUGAGCACGUUCAGCCAAUGCCACAACAUGGCAAGCCUAUGUUUCUCCCAGUGUACGCCGGCCACCAGCCUAGCGAAUAUAGCGCACCCCCGACCUCUUCCCCCAGUGAACCUACCAAGUGCCCCCCAAAAGCACCCUCCGCUCGCAAGGGAAACACCCGCAACCGGGUUCAAAAGCGCAAUGGCAAAUCGCCUAAGAAGACGCCAGCCAAUCCCAGUCGCGCUGAACCAGUCACAACUUCCAAGAAGCCUCUCAAGAAGACUGCCGACCGACGCUUCGAAUGCACCUUUGCCCGUUAUGGCUGCACAAGCACCUUCCCCUCCAAGAACGAAUGGAAACGGCAUGUCAGCUCUCAGCAUAUCCAGCCCGGCUUCUACAGAUGCGACGUCGGCCGGUGCAGCCUAAAUAACACCAAAAAUCUCACUACGCCCCCCAACUGCCAGAUGCAGUCUUCCCCGCCGCCAACCUCGUCGAACUCCCAACACUCCGCCACGCCAACAACACCCACCCUUGUCAAUGACUUCAACCGCAAAGACCUCUUCAUCCAACACCAGCGCCGUAUGCACGCGCCCUGGGUCGCAAAUACAAAGGCCCGCAAGCAGUCGGUCCCACAGGCCGAGAAAGAAGCCUUCGAAAUGAGUCUUAGCGGCGUCUGGAAGAGGUGCUGGCAGCAGCUCCGUACCCCACCGACACUGAGCCACUGCGGCUUCUGCGAUGCGGAGUUCCGGGGCACGAACGCCUGGAAAGAGCGCAUGGAGCAUGUUGCGAGACACUAUGAGCAGGCAGACCCAGGCCCUGAGAAAGAGGACCUCCCUCUUAGGGAGUGGGCGCAUGAGAAUGGAGUUAUUGUCCAUGUGAAGGGGGAGUGGAAGUUGGCAUCGCUUCUUCGGGAGUGA